GAGUGCAACCGUGCUGAAAAAUUCAAUACACAUUAUUGAUUUCAAAGAUAGGAAUACUUGAAUCCAAUUUAAAGCUGAACUCAUUAAAACAUCUCCAGUGAUAAACAAGUUGUUGCAGUACUAUGUUUAGGUAUGUUACUAAAAUGUUCUAUCUCCCUGUGGAGAUGUGUUCAAAAAUGAGGGGGUAAAGGGAUUUCCCAACAACGUCUGAAAACGAUGAGAAAACGCCAUUUUGAUGGACCUCUGCUAAAUUCACGUACACAGCGAAAUGGAAAGAAAGUGGUGGAUUGUUUGUUUCUGGAUUUCGGGACAUGCUUCCCAUUUUUAUGAGGCUAACAGUGACAAGUAGAGGACGCAGGCUGUCGCAGUCGCUCUCGACGUGUUCCGCUGUUGACAUGUUGCGGUUGUGUGCGGUCGCCAGGUUGUGGCGUUUGUCCGGCGUUCCCACCGUGAGCUUCCACAGCACGAAGACGUCCAUGAUGGGUGUGACCGAGGAACACUUUGAGGAGGCCAAGAACAAACUCUCCUCGUUGAAGAAAGAUCCCGGGAACGAUGUUAAACUUAAGAUCUACGCUCUCUUCAAGCAGGCUACGCGUGGUCCAUGUGACACCCCCAAACCCGGAAUGCUGGACUUUAUCAACAAGGCCAAAUGGGACUCGUGGAAGUCGCUGGGAUCAAUCACGCAGGACGAGGCCCGGCAGCAGUACUGCCGACUGAUCGGCUCCCUGGUGGCGGCAGAAGGCGGAAGCUCCGCCCGAGAGUCCGCCCCGCCUGGCGCCGGCGGUCGCACGUACGACUCCCUAUUGGUCAGCGCGCAGGAUGACAUCACCACCAUCACGCUCAAUAGACCGGCCAAGAAGAACGCCAUCACCUCACAGAUGUACGAGGAAAUCAUCGAGGCUCUCCAGCAAGCAGCACAGGACCGCUCGGUUGUCACCGUCUUCACCGGCGCGGGGGAUUUCUACUGCAGUGGGAACGACCUGAGCAACUUCACAAAGAUUCCCGAGGGAGGGGUGGAGCAGAUGGCCAAAGCCGGCGGGGAGCUGCUCAGGAAGUACGUGAAGGCCUUCAUCGACUUCCCCAAGCCGCUGGUGGCGGCGGUCAACGGGCCGGCCGUGGGAAUCUCCGUCACCGUCAUGGGAAUGUUUGACCUGGUCUACGCCACUGAGAGUGCCACCUUCCACACUCCCUUCAGCCAACUGGGUCAGAGUCCAGAAGGCUGCUCGUCAUACACGUUCCCUCGUAUCAUGGGAUUCAGCAAGGCCAAUGAGAUGUUGCUAUUCAACAAGAAGCUAACAGCGUUCCAGGCGUGCCAGCUGGGGCUGGUCACGGAAGUGUUCCCUGACGGCAGCUUCCAGACGGAAGUGCGGAGCCGUCUGAAGAGCUACGCCAAGCUGCCUCGCGACUCUCUGGCGCUGUCCAAGCAGCUGAUUCGCUCCGUUGAGAAGGAGCGCCUCCACGCCGUCAACGACGCCGAGGUGGAGCGUCUGAUGGAGCGAUGGACGUCGGACGAGUGCUUCGAUGCCGUCGUGAAUUUCUUUCAGGCCAAAGCCAAGCUGUGAGCGCACGGAGCGUCACCGUGCGCGCGAUUGAUUGACAGCCGACGUUCCGUCCGACGUGAAGGUUCAAGUGCCUGAAAUCACUCGCGCGCCGCUCGACUACCGUGUCCGAUUAACGCGCGUGUGUGGCGGAAACAAGUUGCGUCAAUGACAAAUAAAAGCUUUCUUUUUGA